UCAACCGGAAACACAAUCAAGUGCCCUUCGAAUGCAGAGAAAACGAGUCACCACAACACGAUGUCAAAAGUGGACAACGAUGUUAAAGGCCGUCUAGCGCUUAUCACUGGCGCCUCCGGGGGCAUUGGCGCGGCCUGUGCCAGAAGCCUCUGGGCCGAGGGUGCCUCGCUGGCACUGACCUGCCACAAGAAUCGGCAACCAGUCGAUGAUCUGGUCGAGGAGAUCUUGUCGUCGGCGAGAGAUGUAGGUACUACCGCCACAAGGGGAAACGAAGGGAGAAAGAUUUCGGUCCACACCGUGGACACUGGGUCUGUGUCGGACAUCGAACGCCUGUUUCGAGAUCUCAGACGGGACCACCAGCUGGAACCCCACCAAGGGCCCGACAUCUUGGUCUCGAAUGCCGGCCAUGGCAAGCGUAUCCCAGACAUCCUCGACAUCUCCGUCGACGAGUUCGAUUAUACGUUGAACGUCAACUUGAGGGCCAGCUUUGUGCUGACCAAGUUGAGCGUGCCGUGGAUGCAGGGGAAUGGCUGGGGUAGGAUCGUCUUUGUGAGCUCGAUCGCAGCAAGUGGUGGGGGGAUUAACGGAUGUCAUUAUGCGGCCUCGAAGGCAGGUUUGACCGGUAUGAUGAAGAACCUGGCAGCAAAACAGGCCCAAUUCGGCAUCACGGUCAACGACGUGGCACCCGCCAUGAUCGGUGACACGGGCAUGAUACCAGACGCGAAGUUCGUGGAGGGGACGCCUGGCGAUGUCAAGAACAUACCUGUGGGCCGCCUCGGCACGCCGCAAGAGUGCGCGAACGUCGUGGUUAUGCUCUGCAAGACUGGCUAUAUGACCGGCCAGAGUAUCUUGUUGAGCGGCGGCUUGAAGUGAGGGGCGACGGUCGAGCUGUGUCGAGUCAGGAAGGCUGGCGAUGCGACUGUGGUCGUCUAUGGAUAGUACACUCGCUAGCUAUCGACUUCUAGAAGGCGAUCGCUGUUGAGCGCAUUUCGGAAUGCCAUGGUUUGAACGCGUCGAUAGCCUAUGCGGGCCCCACGUGCAGUGCAUGCAGUCCCUGUGGAUAUCAACUAACCUAAGCUUACAUAGUAACCUUUAGAUGUAACCUAGGAUGGCCUGUAGCACGUCAUUCAAGGGUAUUAAUCUCCCGCUUGGUGGGGUGCUGUUCGAGGGGCAUGUACAAAUGAGCAG